GAAAACAGAAAACAGGAAAGAGGGAGAAAAUGGCGUGCGGGAUGCAGGCUGCGGCGGCGGCGAAGCCCUCGUUCUUGACGCGGGCGGAGCAGCCGAGCGCCCUCGAUCCCUUCCCCGACCGCGGCGUCGGCGGCAACGGCGCCGCCUCCGCCUCUCGCCCUCGCCGAGACUUCGUCUUCGUCGUCAACCCCAAAGAUCGAUCAGGCGCGAAUGGGCGGACAGGGAAGGAGUGGAAGAGGCUGCUGCCUUAUCUCCGAACGCGCCUUGCCGGCAGCUGCAAUGUUUGCGAGUCUAUCACGUCAGGUCCUUCUCAUGCUAUAGACAUUACCAGGGAGGCAAUAAGGGAAGGGGCUGAUGCAGUGAUAGCUGUUGGAGGUGAUGGGACUCUUCAUGAGGUGGUGAAUGGCUUCUUCUGGGAAGGAAGUCCUAUUCUUGCUCUAGACAAAGGACCUGCGCAUUCAACUGCACUUGGUCUAAUUCCGCUUGGUACUGGUUCAGAUUUUGCUAGAACUUUUGGCUGGAAGAACGAUCCAUAUGAGGCGAUUGAACGGAUUGUGCGAGGUCAUAAAUCGAAAGUAGAUGUUGGCGUUAUUAAUGGCUCCAAUAGAGACCCCCAUUUUUUUAUUAAUGUUGCUGAUGUACAUCUGAGUGCGAAAGCAGGCUAUUUUGCUUCCAAGUAUAAGCGAUUUGGAAAUUUAUGUUAUGUUUUUGGUGCUUUGAGAGCCUUUAUGGGGCACAGUAAUAGGGACCUCAAAAUCAAGGUUGACGGGGGAGAAUGGGAAGUAGUUGAUAAGGUCACUGCUCUCUGUAUAGGAAAUGCCAAAUUCUUUGGUGGUGGUAUGAAGAUAACUCCGACAGCCAACCCUCUUAGUGGAAAUUUGGAGGUGGUGAUUCUUCAAGACUUCAAGUGGUAUGACUUUGUUUUUAAGCUGCAUAAACUUUACACAGGAACACAUCUAUCACUGAGAGGUGUUUCUUCAAGAAGUGUCAGGUCAAUCGAAAUUGAGGAGGUAAUUCCCAAAGGUGGCGUGUACGUGCAGUCUGAUGGGGAGCAUUUGGGGUUUCUUCCAACAGAAUGUUCCGUUCUACCUGCCGCAAUUAACAUUUUCAGCUGACACUGGGCUCUUCUGUCUUCCAGUUGGAUCAAGCUAUGCACUCUUUUGGUUGUCAUGCAAUAAUACAUUGGUGAAAUUGAUGGAGCACAAGACGUGGUAUUUGGUUGUACUUCCAUUUGUGGCAUUAGUGCAAUGCUACUAUGCUAGUAACCAAGGAGCUGAUUUGCUUUCUUUGAGCUCUUUUUCACUUGCUUACUCAAAAGCUCCCAUAUGAGACCUUUUUUAUAUAAGUAAUCUUUAAAAAUUUUCAAAAUUUGUGUUUGGACAAAUAAUCCUAUGGUCGCUGCGUUGAGACAUAAGAUAGUUUUGCCAUUUUAUGAUAAAAAAUCAACCAAACACAAUAAACCAUUCUCCGUCUUUUAAAAA